AUGAGCCAGGAAAUUGGCCAAUGUGAUGAUAUAGCCAUAAUUGGUGCAGGUAUAGCUGGGACGUAUGCUGCAUGGCGAUUAAGGCAACAAAAUAAACGGAUAUCUAUCUACGAAUAUUCAAACCGAGUUGGUGGAAGAAUGUAUACAGUACAGUUCCCAGCAAUUCCGGAUAUAAAUGUAGAAUUAGGUGGUAUGAGAUAUUUACGGAGAUCACAUGCAUUACUACAUGAAACCAUACAACAGUUAGGGCUUCCGAUCAAAAGAUUCGAUUUAGGCUCUGGACCAUCACCUGACACCAUUGUCAAUGUACGAGGAGUCCAUUUGCGUUAUGACGAAUUAGGUGGCAAUAAAACACCAUAUAGACUGCGACCCAACGAGAGAAAACCGAUUGAUCAACUGACAUGGGAGGUAUUUAGGAAUUACACCGAUGUGCUGACAACCAAUGUUCCAGAAACUGAUAAAAAGUUUUACGUCAGAGAUAGAAGUGGAGUAGUCAUGUAUAAACGAAGUGUCCAGUCUUUGUAUCAUAAAUAUUUAAGCGCUGAGGCACAAAAUUACAUUAGAGAAACUAACGGCUUUUCUACAUUAUCUACUGAAGAUAGUGCCUCACUUGCAGUUCAAACUUCAUCACCGCCUACAGAAAGUGAGGACGUUUUAACUGUGGUAACAGGAUUUUCCUCAAUACCUAAUGAAUUACUUCGACGAUUUUUACGUGAUGGUCAAAGGCAUUCUAUCAAGCAUAAUCAUGACCUCAAAGCCAUUAAAAAAAGACGAGACGGAUAUUACAACUUAAUUUUCGAACCUACAAUCUCCAAUAGCAGGACUUCACAGUCUAAAUCAACAAUUAAAAAGUGUGCAAAGAAAGUCAUCCUUGCAGUUAAUAGAUUGUCACUUGAAAAACUGGACUGGCAGGGUCUUUACCAACCUCGUAUUAGAGAAUAUAUUACCAAAGCAGUAAAAGAUAUUCCCGCAGCAAAGCUUUAUUUCAGUUAUGAUUCUCCCUGGUGGAGGAGAUCUCCUGUUUAUUCUGACUAUUUAAUAUCAGACACUCCCUUAAGACAAACGUACGACUUUGGUACGUCAAUUCUUAAUCCCUCCAAGUCUGUACUACAGGCUAUGUACACAGAUACAGAUGUAUCUUACUGGGAAGAAUUAUUCAACAGAGCGUAUGGCAACGAAACUUCUGGCGACUUCGUAAAUGGAAAAGAACUUGAUGAAGUAACAAAGAGAUAUUUGUCUGAUAUAUAUAAAAUUCCGAUCAGAACCAUACCACGACCUACAAAUGCUGCUGUAAUUGUAUGGAAGAAUUAUCCGUACGGUGGUGCAUGGCAAACAUGGAUGCCGGGAUAUAUAUGGCCGACGGUUGAAAGGCAAAUGACAAAACCAUCACUCAGUGAUGAUGUCUUUGUGGUUUCAAAUGCUUUUAAUUCUCGUUCUUUCUCGGAUUGGGGAAAUGGAGCUUUACAGGCUGUUGAACUGGCUAUGCCAUAUUUUGGUUUGAGACGUAUUGAAUAA